GCUUAGCGGAAGGGGUGGUGCUUCCAGCGCAGCUUCCGGCGAUGGCGGCGGGCGGCAGCGACCCGCGGGCGGGAGAUGUGGAGGAAGAUGCCUCGCAGCUCGUCUUCCCUAAAGAAUUUGAAACUGCGGAAACUCUUCUGAAUUCGGAAGUACAUAUGCUUCUUGAGCAUCGUAAGCAACAGAAUGAGAGUGCGGAAGAUGAGCAGGAGCUUUCAGAGGUCUUCAUGAAAACCCUGAACUACACGGCGCGCUUCAGCCGCUUCAAAAACCGUGAAACCAUUGCCAGCGUCCGUAGUUUACUGCUCCAGAAGAAGCUCCAUAAAUUUGAACUGGCAUGUUUGGCCAACCUGUGUCCUGAGACAGCUGAGGAAGCGAAGGCAUUGAUUCCUAGCCUGGAGGGACGAUUUGAAGAUGAGGAAUUACAGCAGAUUCUUGAUGACAUUCAGACUAAGCGCAGCUUCCAGUACUAGGGUUAAAGCUUUCCACCCCUUUACCUGGACAGAAGAAUGUGGAGACUUCGUUUCUCAGCUUCCUGGACCAAUCCGGCUCUCGGCUGAGUGAGGGAAGUUGUGGAUACAGGUACUUCAAUGCUGUGUCAUCCACAGUUGCGUUCCAACUGGAGUCCAGUCCUCUUGGUUUGUCCCAUGUGUGUAUCAGAAAGGACACCUGUAUUGUGAGCGCCAAAGAACCAGAAAAGUCGUUUCCCAGUGGAUCAAGCAUUUGUUACUUCCAAAUCCCUCUCUCCAAUUUGGAAAUUUUCAAUGUUUCCAUUUUUUUUUAGUCAAAAUGUAGAUAUGAUGUCUUUUUUGUGAACUUCUGGAAGAUGGAGAAACUGGAAACUUGACUCUCAGAAGGUUUAGUGAUGAGCAGUUUCUGAGGUGGCUUUUCUUAUUGUUUGAACAGGACAAUGGAACUUUACAGCUUAAAUAAUUUCUAUUGUUGUUUAGUGUAAAUUAAAAGAUUUCUAAUUAAGGCUGUCUGUUUAAUGAACAUUAGGUGCUUAA